AACAAGUUGCAAGUUUUGCUUUUAGUUUGUAUUGUAUCCUGUUGUGUGUGCUUGCUCUGCAUGGAUUAAAUGAAAUAAAAUGUAAAUAAAUAUGCUAUUUAAUCACAAUUUGCAUUCAGAAGUUAAACUAAGUGGCCGCCCGCCUGGACCACAACGAAACUUACUAAAGUGUAAAAUGUUUAAUUAAUAUUUGGUGUGGAGCCUACACUGGAAAUAAAUUAGAACUACAUCUUUGAAUAUUCCUACCUAUCUUCUGCAUAAUUCAAGACUUUACAUUUCCUAUUUAAUGUUGUUGGAAAUGUCUUCGUUACUGGAAUCGGAAUCAAUUAAAACAUUUGUUAUAUUAGAUGUUGAAGUGAAUGACAAUCACCAACUUCAAUUUAAUCAAUGUUCCUUAACGGAAAUAUGUUGUUAUGCUAUUGCCGCCAAAUACUUGGAAAACAAAAUCAUCAAUGGAAGUGAAAAAAUGAAGACGCCAACAUUACCAAGGGCCAUGCACAAACUCAAUUUGAUGAUUAAUCCUUUGAGGAGAAUUAAUGCCAAUACAAGAACCGGUUUAGAUAAUUAUAUGCUGGAAAAUGAACCGCCUUUCAAUGAUGACACUGCAGAUUGUAUACUAAAGUUUUUAAGUCGUUUGGACAAGCCAAUUUGUUUGGUGGCCCACUAUGGUUGGGGCCAUGAUUAUCGUAUUUUGCGUCAUGUUUAUGAAAAGUUAAAUCGGAACUUUCCCUCUGAGAUAUUUUGGGUGGACUCAUAUUAUGCUUUACGGGAAAUUGAUAAAUUCUUGGGAAAACCCUUGCAGCCAAGUAAAGAGAAUAUUAAGGAAAAUGAAAAUAAGGAAACUCCACUAACAAUGGAGAACAACAAUCCCAAUUUGAGUACUCAAAUAUGUGAUGAGAACACAAGCCCAGCAACUAAAAAUUGUAGCAAUAGUGACACAAUAGAAGAGACUCCUUUAAGUCGUCAAACACUCAAUGAAACAACUCCAACACGUGCAGUGAAUUGUGAAAAAAACUCUGUGCCUAAGCCAAGCAAAACGAAUACAGCACACACCGAUAACAUGCUUAAAAACAAAUCAAAACGCCAAUUAGAUUUUGGCCAUAUAGAACGUUACAGCUAUAAAUUGGGUAGAAUAUAUGAAGCGUUAUUUGAAGAUGCCCAAUGUGGAGAUCUUCAUCAAGCCGAGAGGGAUGUUCAAAUAUUGGCGCAAAUCAUUUUGCGUUAUGGCCAACAUUUUUACAAAUAUGCCAAUGAAAACAAAAAGACAUUUGAUCAGAUUCCCAUGCUGGGACAACAAAAAACUUUUGAAAAUAUUUAAGACUGUUGAUACAAACUAUAUUAAGCACGAAUAGUAAUUAUUGUGAUAGUAAAGUUUUUUUUAAAACAAAUUUUAUACUUUUAUCCUUUUUAUGUAUUUUUUCUUUUUUGAUAAUUGUUAUUAAGAUUUUUAUUAAUCAAUUUUUUUGGUGCAAUUAAAGUUUUUGUAUUUGUGUUUAA